AUGUGUUCAUCAAAAGAGCCACCAGCAGAAAUAUGGAUCACAUCAAAAGCAUCUCAAUCACUAAAGAAUGGGUCACCAAUCAUCAUAGUGGAAGCUCUUAAAAUGUUGAAGACAACAACUUCUAUGCCUUGUCUCAAAGUUAACUCUGGUUUAGUUAAAGCCGAUGAUGUUGGCAGCUUUGAAAAGGAUUUUUAUGAAGCAAAAAUUAUUUCUUUAUGCUGUCGUAAAAGCUUUGUAGAAAUUGAAGACUUCGUUUCAGUUGGAAUGGUGAUCCAUGUGUUUCAUUGCAGCAUCUAUGGAGUGGAAUUCGGUGAUGAAUAA